UCAGAAGGGAUCCAGAAAUAACUGCAUUUAAGACAAAAACUAUCAGACUAGCGAAUGGAUCUGCAUCCCUCUAGUACUGGCCGUUCUGAUGCUACCCUACUACAUGUGAUGAAGGAUUUUCUUUGUCCAGUUCAACGGUGGUUCACCAGCAUAUCCGGUCUUCUCUGCUUUGCCUUUCUACCCUCGCUUUGGCCUCUCCCGUUGAAGCUCUACAGGCGACGGUCACCAAAUUCGGACCAUUCGUGCCGUUCACGAUUAAAGUAUUCUUCACCAUACGGUCCUCAUACCUCGCUUCUUCGUCCAGUGUAUGACACACUGUGGACCUGAGUCUAGCAUCCCGGCAUGUGUUGCUGCGGCCGGUCACAGACAGUCCAAUACCAGGCCGCAGAAACACGUUAUCCUUAUCGAGUUACAAGCUUGCCGUACUGCACCAGGUGAUUCGAAUCUUGCAAUUCCCUUGCUCCAUUCAACUUAAAUAAUAUGCGCGCCUUUUGGCCGUCAUAAUUGCUUCCGUGAUAACAGAAUCGUUUGGUCA